AUGGCUGAACGCCUCACCGACAAGCAGGUCACCGACUUGCUCGACAUACUGCGCAGCAACGCUGCCCUCGACCACAAGGUCACUGCUGUGACCAACGUCAAGUCGGCCAUCAAGCAGCACAACGUCCCCGAGGCUUGCAUCGCGCAGCUUUUUGAGGCCCUGCGCACAGCUUCCACAGCCCAACAUGCCGUCCUUGUAAACGCCGGCUUCACUGCCCUCGGUCACCUGUUGACUCGCCUUUCACGCCAGGAGCCCAAGCACAUUGGAAAAGAGGCUGUUCGCACCCUGCCCGUCGUCAUUGAAAAGCUUGGCGACCAGAAAGACAAGUAUCGCACAUUGGCUUCGCAGGCUCUGACCACUAUAUACGCGGUGAAUCCUGGUGAGGUUGAGCGCAUGAUUCGCACGACGGCCAUGUCAGGCAAGAAUCCUCGCGCCAAAGAAGCCUCCUUGAAUUGGCUUCUUCAGAUGCACCAAGACCACGGCUUACAGUUCCGAGGCUAUGUCCCGCUGCUCAUGGAGCUACUCGAGGACGCCGAUGGUAUGGUUCGAGACGCUGCCAAGCACACCGUUAUCGAGUUGUUCCGAAAUGCGCCAAACACCGCGAAAUCGGAUCUUAAGCGACAGCUCAAAAACUACAAAGUUAGGCCCGCGAUCGAGCAAGCCAUUAUCAAAGAACUUGCCCCGGGCGGCAUACGCUCUGAAACACCUUCUGCACCCGCUCCAGCCAGCCGACCGCAUCUUACCACCAGCGUCUCGUCCAUGUCGAGCGAGCGCCCUAUCACACCAGCCGUACCAGAGUCUCAGACGGACCCGGUCGAGCCGCAAUAUGUCAAUACCAACCGCGAGCUUGAUGAAGUAUUCAAGGGCAUGGCUUGGCAGUACGAAGGCCGCGAAACAGAGCAGAAUUGGCAAAAGCGAGAGCAGGGCAUGACUACCCUUCGUCGAAUAAAUGCCGGCAAUGCUCCCUCUGAUUUUCAUGACACAUUCGUCAACGGUCUCCGUGGCAUGCUCGAUGGCAUUAUCAAGUCCCUGACUUCACUGAGAACGAGUUUGUCCAAGGAAGCUUGCGCCCUUAUCGAAGAGAUUGCUCGCACCCUUGGUCCUGCCAUGGAACCAAUGGUCGAGCUACUCAUGCAGACUUUGCUGAAGAUGACUGCCUCGACAAAGAAGAUUACAUCACAAAUGACAAGUUCCACAAUCGAAACCAUGAUUAGCAGCAUUUCUUACACACCUCGCAUUAUGCAACACAUUUGGAGCGCUUGCCAGGACAAAAAUGUCCAACCCCGUCUCUACACCAGUAGCUGGCUCAAGAUGCUCAUCAAAAAGACGUCGAGCAACAAGCAUCAUAUUGAACACACCGGUGGAGUUGAUCUAAUCGAAAAGUGCUUGAAGAAGGGUCUAGCUGAUGCUAAUCCCGGUGUUCGAGAGAAGAUGCGCUCCACAUAUUGGGCUUUCUGGGCUGUAUGGCCUGCCAGAGCAGACGCCAUCAUGGAGGACUUGGAUGCCACCGCCCAAAAGCUUCUUAACAAGGAUCCGAGUAAUCCCAAUUCUCCUAAGAAGGUUGAGGCCAUUAGGCCUGGCAGCAGCCUUUCUAGAACGGGCAAAACGGCAAGCAGACCCAAUAUACGUGAAGCUAUGAUGGCGCAAAAGAGGGCCAUGACUGCUCAGAAGCUGCCGCCUCGCCCUGGGUCGGCAAUGGCGCAGCUAUCGCCAGUACGCACAACGAACACGUCCAACGCCCCUACCCACCACCAACAGCCGUCACACGCUGCUGCACCUCCAAAGUCUGCAAGCCGCGCUAGACUGGAAUCAACCAUUUCUGUGAAUGCUGGCGGCAUGUCAGGUGCACCCAUGAGGCCGUCCAGGAGACGCCCAGAGAUGACCAGACCUGCCACUGCUGGCCCCUAUUCCGUCAGAGAUCAGCCUGGGCCAGAAAUCAACAGUCCUGAGUCUCUCAAAUCCAGAAGUCAAACACCAAGAGUCGCCAAGGAUUUGACGCCUAAGAAGCCCGUUUCCCGAGCUCGUCCUGGUCAUAUUUCCCAUGGUAGUGAAACCAGCAUUCCGUCGCCCACUUCCAGGGUUGGGGCCAAGUCAAAAGUCGCCUCUCCUCGUACUAGUCCUGCAAAGCCUAGAAUGCCGCACGAGGACUUGCUUGGAUCGAGCCCAGCUCGUCACAACCCUGGUAGGCCUGGUCCAGCUUGGCACUCGCCCACAAGGGCGCACGAAGAUAUCAGCCUUGUUGUUCCCAUCAUGCCUAGGCUCGAUUCUGCUUCAACAAUUGUUGCUGAUGAUGAUGAGCUUGUCGGUGCGAAUAUUCCCGUCACGCCGCCACGAGUGGUGGCCCACAUUGCUCGUCAUGUGGAACCUCAGUCGCAUACUGAGCCGUUGAAAGUGUAUGAAGAUCCUGAUGCCGAAAUACAAAGGACACCAAAGCCCGAAGUGUCAGCUCCUGUACUCGAGGACAAGCCUGUCAAUGAGGAUGCAGCCAAACUCCAAAGAGCUGCUGAGCCUUAUUCAGCUCUGGUGGAACCCGAAUCGCCCGAGAAAAUGCGCCAGACCUCUCGCCUUCUAGACAGUGGCAUUGCCAAGAUCAAGGCCAUGUCCCUGGAAGUCCACGGUUUUCGGAAGCUGCAGUCGCUUAUUCGUGACAGUAGGACCACGCUGACCGACGACAAGUUUGAGGCUCUCUUGCUCGGCCUGUUCAAGUAUCUCGAGAACCCUCUCACCAACUUGCCAUCGGACAAGGGCCAGGACAUCAAGGCGCAGAUUUUGGCUACCAUCAAGCUCCUCCUUAAGAAGGAGAGAGAAAACUUUCAGCCCUACGUCUCCAAGGGUCUCGAGGCUCUAUUACAGACGCGCAGCGCCUACGACUCGCGGGCCCACGUUGUCAGCGGUCUAGAGCUUCUCGCGGAUGAGCUCGUCGGGAUCGGCGAUGGCUCCGAGAUUGUAGUCGUUUUGACGCGCCAGCUUCACGGUAUCACUGAUGCCACCACCGAGGGUUGUCGCAGCCUCAGCAUGGGUCUCCAUGUUCUCAAAGAGAUGCUUGAUAAGCGCGCUGAUUACCAGCCCACGUCGAGUGAGCUGGAGCAGCUAACAAGUCUAGCCGGACACUGCCUGGAAUCGACAGACUCGGGCGUACGUAUGGACGCGGUCAAGUUUUGCGUGGCGUUGCAUGCGCUUGUUGGAGAGGCCAAGUUUUGGGAUGUCUUGAAUGAAAUCAAGGAUGAUCCGAAGAGUCUCAUCACCUAUUACAUUGUAAAGCGUCAGCGCGAGCAGCAGGUUUAA